GGUCUCCGGGGUCCCAGCUCCCAGGGAGGUCACCGAGGUACCGCGGGGCUUUGCGCGCAGGGCGGGGCAUGGAGUCCCUCUUCCCUGCCCCGUUCUGGGAGGUCCUCUACGGCGGCCACCUGCAGGGCAACCUGUCCCUCCUGAGCCCCAACCACAGCCUGCUGCCCCCGCACCUGCUGCUCAAUGCCAGCCACGGCGCCUUCCUGCCCCUCGGGCUCAAGGUCACCAUCGUGGGGCUCUACCUGGCUGUGUGCAUCGGGGGGCUGCUGGGGAACUGUCUCGUCAUGUAUGUCAUCCUCAGACACACCAAGAUGAAGACAGCUACCAACAUUUACAUCUUUAACCUGGCCCUGGCAGACACUUUGGUGCUGCUGACACUGCCCUUCCAGGGCACAGAUGUCCUGCUGGGCUUCUGGCCAUUUGGGAACGCCCUGUGCAAGGCAGUCAUCGCCAUUGACUAUUACAACAUGUUCACCAGCACCUUCACGCUGACCGCCAUGAGUGUGGACCGCUACGUAGCCAUCUGCCACCCCAUCCGUGCCCUUGACGUCCGGACAUCCAGCAAGGCCCAGGCUGUCAAUGUGGCCAUCUGGGCCCUGGCCUCUGUUGUCGGCGUUCCCGUUGCCAUCAUGGGCUCGGCACAGGUUGAGGAUGAAGAGAUCGAGUGUCUGGUGGAGAUCCCCGCCCCCCAGGACUACUGGGGCCCCGUGUUUGCCGUCUGCAUCUUCCUCUUCUCCUUCAUCAUCCCCGUGCUCAUCAUCUCUGUCUGCUACAGCCUGAUGGUCCGGCGGCUGCGAGGCGUCCGCCUGCUCUCCGGCUCCCGGGAGAAGGACCGGAACCUGCGGCGCAUCACACGCCUGGUGCUGGUGGUGGUGGCUGUGUUCGUGGGCUGCUGGACGCCCGUCCAGGUCUUUGUGCUGGUCCAAGGGCUGGGCGUCCAGCCAGGCAGUGAGACUGCGGUGGCCAUCCUACGUUUCUGCACGGCCCUCGGCUACGUCAACAGCUGCCUCAACCCCAUCCUCUACGCCUUCCUGGACGAGAACUUCAAGGCCUGCUUCCGCAAGUUCUGCUGCGCGCCCAGCCUGCGCCGGGAGAUGCAGGUGUCAGACCGCGUGCGCAGCGUUGCCAAGGAUGUGGCUGUUGCUCGCAAGACCGCUGAGAUGGUGCCACGGCCGGCAUGACUAGGCGUGGACCUGCCCAUGGUGCCUGUCAGCCCGCAGAGCCCAUCCACGCCCAACACGGAGCUCACCCAGGUCACCGCUCUCUAGGCUGACAUGCAGCUGCCCAUCACCAGCCUCCAUGGGCCACCCUGUGGCCUUGGAGGGUCCGGUGACAUCAUGGGACAGGUCAGAGCAUUAGGGCUGCCCCGAGGCCCUGGUCAUACUAAAGCUGCCCUCCUAGUGGAGGGCGGGGAGGGGGUGCAAGGACUCACUGGUGAGCAUGCCCGGCAAGAGCCACCCCGGCACUGCCAAGCUUCAUGGACUGUUCUGGCCUCUCCCCUGCUGCCUCCCGCUCCGGGUGGGCACACAGCUGGAAGCGUGACAGCAGCUGUACAGUCCCACGUGCCCCUCGUGCUGUGUGCUGUCUGCAUGGAGCCUUGCAGUGUCUCCUCUGGGCAGCUGGAUGGGCUUGGCGCUGCCUGGAGAGCCCAGUGGGCAUCCCUGGGCAGUGGGACUCGCCCUGAGAGUGGAACUCCUUUAGGAGGCUUCUCAGCAAGCCUGUUCCCUCCAGGACGCAUGAACUGUUGCGCCGCAGACAUGGCCGUUCAGGUUUGCGAGGUGGCCAGGAGGACCGCCGCAGGCCACCCUGUCAUUUGUGAAGCAGCCCCAUGUGCCUGGUCUCAGCUGUGGGGUGGGGAGGGCUCUGUGGUGCUCUGUCUGGGUUGCCUGGGCCCCCCCUCGGGCUGUGCCUCAAAGCCCCCCUUUCAGACUCCAUCAGAGGUCAGCGGCUGUGCAGCUGUCAGGACCCUGUGUCCUGCUUGGGUCCUGGUGGCCUUGGAAGGAUGCCAAUUGAGACAGGUUCUGCCCUGCACCCCCAGUGACUGACGCCCUACUUCACUUACAAGCCUCCAGUUAUCUGUGGGGGGAUGCCUGAGCUUCCCAGUCAGAGGCGGCUUCGUAUGCAGAGUUGGAAGGAGAGCUGGGGCUGGCAGACCUGCUUGAGGGAGGCUGCAAGGACCAUCUGAGCCGUGGGGACCCUGCCCGCUGUGACCACCCAGAGAAGUACCCUCCCAGUCUGCAGAUGGGGGCUGCAGGUCGGUGACUUGGCAAGCGUUCUCCCUGCAGACAAGCUGCUGAAACAUCUGCAGUGGUAGAGCUGCCUCUGCCUGCCAGCUGAGCUGCGGACCUGGCCAGGUUAGCUGAGGCACCUGGAAGGAGGACAAGGUGCUGACUCUGGACUGGCCUCUCCUGCUUCGGGGGCCCCGGCCCUGUGGGGUCGUUCCUGGGGAGGACGGGGCUCUGUCCGUGCUGCCAGCAGCGGGAGGCUCUGAGAACCAGAGCCGCUAUGGCUGCAGCAUUUUUGUGCCAAGGCUGAAAGACAUGUGCAUUUGUGCCGGUGUAACAUGUGUCUCCCUGUAUCUAUGCAUGUGGACAGUGUGAUUUCCCCUGCACGUAACCAGCCCUGAACUGUCUCCAGGGGCCGUGUUGGAGGGUCAGAAUAACCCCCUGCACGCUGGUCAGGGCGCUCUGCUUGCAACAGGUGUUUCUGACUCUUUGGGGGGCCAUGGGGGUAAAU